CUGUAAACUCUCUUUGAAAUACAUUUUCUGUCAAUCAUAUAGAAAAGGUUCCUUAUGCAUUAUUUCAGUACAAUACCUUUGAAAUCAUGCAUGGUUAUUUCAUAGAAUAUGGUUUACCAAGAAGGUAGUGGUGCUAUUAUAACAAUCAGUUGUGCUUUGCAACUGUUCUCUAUUGAAUUUACAUAGGCAUAUUCCUAAAGUCAUGAGUGAGACAUCACACAGCCACUAAAGGACCUGAAGGCAACUAAUCAGUCCUAAAACUCAAACCCUCACUCUGCAAAAUCAACACCAACCUGCAUCAGUUCCUAGGCAAAAACGUUUUUAUUUAUUUUGUCAUAUUUGAGUUAAGGUUACAGGUCAAAUAAUUAAAUUCAGUUCAUAUAUUCAGUUCAUAUCUCAUUUCCAUAUAGUUAUGUGUAUCUUAGCCUACCUUCUCUAGAGGAGUAGGAUAUUCUAUUUUAUUCAAUAAUUCAGAUUAUUAGACAUUUUCAAGAUGUGAAUUGUAGGUCUAGGCCUAAAAAUGUAUGGUUUAAACUUGAAUUUAAAUCAUUUACACAAAAUGCAUUGGGCGCAGAUGACGUAAAAUGUCGAUUAAGGCAGACCCCCGCACCUCUCUGAUGGAGCGGGGUUGGGUUAAAUGUGGGGAUGGGUUGACUUUAGUCAACAGUCGGCUUCGUUAGCCUCACUACUCAGACACUGUCUUCGAGCUAUGAGUAAAACUAUAAUACCCAGCAUUCCACUGCCGCCUGCCGGAAAAGGAAAACGCAUGGAUGUAUGUGUUUACAAUUUUUCUUAACAAGCUUAAGUUCGCAGGUGCUGUUCCUCAUGAAACAAGUGUAGGCGAUACCGGCAAGAGAAAAUAAAAAUAAUGACACAUUUAUUAUUUGCUACUACUCAUUUAGUAUGAUAUAACAGUAUGUGUUUGUUUUGUACUUGUACAACAGGCGGGGUAGCCAAAUAAUCUGUCGCAUCGUCAGGCCACCCACCCACCACCAUAUGCAGCAGUGAUUUUUAAGAAGUGGGACAAGCGAACAGAUGGCGCAUCUAGGCUGCGCGCGACAGGGACACCUACAGUGUUGAAACAGUGUUGGAUAUGAACAAGGCAGCUAGUAAAGGCGUGUUUUAUGUAGUCUACAUCUAUGCCAUUUCUGAGUGGAUUGGAUAAUAUUACAUCGCACGAUUUCCUCCUGAAUCGUUGCUUGAGACUGCCUACUCUACUUUGGCACGGGUAUUGGAAAACACGCAGUGACGGGGCCAUCGCCACCGGUAGCUAUAAUCAGAGAGGAAGAGGCGAAGUGAAGCGUUUGCUAUAAUCUCCUAUUUGACGCCUCUCUCAGUUGGUAAACAAUGGUUGACAACCGUUAUGCCACGGCUUUGGUUAUCAGCUGUGUGCUCAGCGUGCUGGCUACGGUGUACCUGUCUGUAGCGGUUGGGACGCAGCACUGGUACCAGUACACUAGUCCCCCAGUGCACGGCGAGGCCAACGUAUCCGAACUGCGGUCGCUGCAUGAUGAAUUCAUGGACGGGGAAUUCGAUGAGAAGACCUACAGCGACACGCUCUUCCGUCUCAACGGGACCAUAGGCCUCUGGUGGCGCUGCGUUUUGGUGCCAUCUCAUACCCACUGGUACAAGGAGUCAGAUCCAAAGAUGGUGAUGAAGUGUGUUAGCUUCACGUUAACACAGCAGUUUACCCCAAAGUACAAAGAGCCAGGGAACCACAACAGUGGAGAGGACAUGCUGCGGACCUACCUGUGGAGGUGCCAGUUCCUACUGCCAUUAAUCUCCUUAGGUCUGGUGGUGCUGGCAGGCUUGAUAGGGUUCUGUGCCUGCCUCUGCCACAGUCUCACCCCCACCCUGGGCAUAGGAAUGCUCCACCUGCUGGCUGGGCUGUGUACUCUAGCCACAGUGUGCUGUUACCUGGCAGGGAUGGAUCUCCUCCACAGGGUCUCUGUGCUGCCAGACAAGGUGGACGGCUCCCUGGGCUGGUCCCUCUACCUGGCCCUCAUCUCGUCCCCACUGCACAUGAUGGCUGCCGCUCUCCUGGUGUGGGCGGCACGCAGCCACAGUCAGAACUACUACCGCAUGACUGCCUACAGGGUAGCAUAGAGACCAGGCCUGCUGGUGCCUGACUAUCUGUUUUUAUAUAGGCACAUUUCCAAAUCAAAACCAUAAUUCCAACCACAUGAUACUUGUUAAUAUUGAAAUAACUGAAUUAGAAUAUAUGAAAAUGCUAAUCUUUGCCCUCUGAUAGGCUACUGGGAUUUUCACCCUAUUGCUUUUCACACAGUUGCUUAUCCAAUCAUUUCAGAUCUAUUAAAGUGCCUAGUGUAAGGGUGAGGGAGUUGAAAUUGGGAAACAGUGUGACCCAGAACAAAAUGUACCAUUGGUUAGACCAACAAGCAUAUAAUUGUUUAUAAUAGACUUUCCAAACCGUAACCAGCCACAGUCAGAGAUGCUUCCAUUCGACUUUCAUAUGUACUAGCAAGAAAUAUUAUUGGCCCAUGUUUGGAAAAUCAAACCGUUCUGAAGGAAAUAUGUUUAUGGUGAUUCAAGUUUAGUCCAAACAUUUGAUUACAGUACCAGUCAAAAGUUUGGUCACACCGACUCAUUCCAGGGUUUUCUUAUUCUACAUUGUAGAAAAAUAAUGAAGACAUCAAAACUAUCAAAUAA